UGACGUCUCGCCCGAAGGACGGAGCACAAGGAGGGCUCUCAGGAUCCUGCAGUUGGCGCGGACGGUUUACUGCCUCCUCCUUUCGCCGCUUUCCCUCCCCCCCCACCCCCCCAGAACGGGCUGGGGUCAGAGUUCAUCGUGCCAGAGUUCCCCGGGCAGGAUCUGCCCCUCAGUAUGUACGGGGCUGCCCCGGGGCAAGGGCCAGGGGAUAGCGGGGCAAAUAACAGCCAGGCGGGCAACAGCACCAGCAACACAGGGGGCAGUGUGAGCAACAGCAACGCAGGAACCAGCGCUACAGACGGCUCAGCCCAGACAGACGGACAGACAGAUGGACACCCCUCCGACAGUGUGGACCCCAAAGCCACCCCCAAGAGGCUGCACGUCUCCAACAUCCCCUUCCGAUUCAGGGACCCCGAUCUCAGGCAGAUGUUCGGGCAAUUUGGGAAGAUCUUGGAUGUGGAAAUUAUCUUUAACGAGAGAGGCUCCAAGGGGUUUGGUUUUGUCACGUUCGAGGCUGGUGAAGAUGCUGAGAAGGCGAGGGAGGCACUGCACGGCUCUCUGGUCGAGGGGAGGAAGAUCGAGGUAAAUAACGCGACGGCCAGAGUCAUGACCAACAAGAAAAUGGUCAGCCCUUACGCCAAUGAAAUAGGUUUCUGGCUGCAGAAUACCAAGGACAGCCCUGCAUUGAAUAUUGUCCCAGGAUCGACAGCCAGCCCUCAGGAAAACCACUGGGGCUGGAAGUUGAGUCCAGUCAUGGGAGCCGUGUACAGCCCGGAGCUCUACGCCGCUCGGAGCGAACUGGGACUCUUCCCAGGGUUCCCGUAUCCCACCGCUGCCACCACCGCGGCCGCUGCAGCUUUCCGAGGGGCUCACCUGAGAGGGCGCGGGAGGACCGUGUACAGCGCGGUGAGGGCAGCCGUGCCCCAGGCUGCCAUACCAGCGUACCCAGGUGUGGUGUAUCAGGAUGGGUUUUAUGGAGCUGACCUCUAUGUAAGUACACACUCUCUCUCUCUCUCUCUCGCAUGAACGCUUGCUGUAAUCACCAGACCCCAACCCUUCUGGCCUUCCCACACACAGCCCCCUGGGACUGGCAAUCUGACUCCUAUUGCACAGCAGUGUGAUCCAGUCCAGGUUUCACUGCCCCCAGCUUG